AUGUGGAGAAGGCAAGGGGUGACUAACACCACAAGCUGGUUUCGCCAUGGCUAUGAUAAGGUUGCAGGUUUAUUCAGGCAAAGAGGGGCCAAAAAAGCUGAAAACUUUCCAAUUUUGGAAGAACACCCUGCAUCACAAGAGCUUGCAGAAUUAGCAGUAGAAGCCCAUGAUUUAGUUCAGCUACAAGAGAAGACGAAGGCCAAGUGGUUAAAGAAGGAGUUCAAGAUCUAUCGAUGGAACCCAGACCAUCCAAACAACAGACCCUACCUUCAAUCCUAUUUCAUAGAUCUCUCCACCUGUGGUCCAAUGGUAUUGGAUGCGUUGCAGAAGAUCAAAGCCGAAAAGGACUCCUCAUUGACCUACCGGAGGUCUUGCAGGGAAGGCAUAUGCGGCUCGUGCGCCAUGAACAUAGACGGUACUAACACAGUGGCCUGCCUUAGACCUAUCGACACUGACACCACUAAGCCUUCCACAAUCACUCCCCUUCCUCACAUGUUCGUUGUUAAGGACCUUGUUGUUGAUCUCACCAACUUCUAUCAUCAAUACAAGUUGAUUGAGCCAUGGCUUAAGACAAGGAAGAGACCAGAGGAUGGGAGGGAAUUCAGGCAAUCACCGGCAGAUAGGAAGAAGCUAGAUGGGCUAUAUGAGUGUAUAUUGUGUGCUUGUUGUACCACUUCCUGCCCUUCUUAUUGGUGGAACCCAGAGGAAUUCCCUGGACCAGCUGCAUUGCUCCAUGCUUACCGAUGGAUCUCCGACAGUCGAGAUGAUUUCACAGAAGAGAGAUUGCAAGCUCUGACUGAAGAUCAGAAGAGGCUGUAUAGGUGUAGAACCAUAAGGAAUUGUACCAUUACUUGUCCUAAGAGCCUCGACCCUGCAAGUGCCAUUCACAAGAUGAAGACUAGGCAUCUUCUCUCACUGCCUGUUGAGAGAGUUGAAAACCUAUGAGACCCAUGGGAUGAGUGUUCCUGUAA